AUGGCUGUGCCUCCCACGUAUGCUGAUCUUGGCAAAUGUGCCAGAGAUGUCUUCACCAAGGGUUAUGGAUUUGGCUUAAUCAAACUCGAUUUGGAGACAAAAUCUGAGAAUAGAAUGGAAUUUACGAGCUCAGGUUCCGCCAACACUGAGACCACCAAAGUGACCGGCAGUCUGGAAACCAAGUACAGAUGGACUGAAUAUGGUCUGACGUUUACAGAGAUGAACACUGACGACACACUAGGCACAGAGAUUACUGUGGAGGAUCAGCUUGCACGUGGACUGAAGCUGACCUUUGAUUCAUCCUUCUCAUCAAACACAGGGGGAAAAAAUGCUAAAAUCAAGACAGGGUGUAAGCGGGAGCACAUCAACCUGGGCUGUGACGUGGAUUUCGACAUCGCCGGCCCUUCAAUCCGGGGCGCUCUGGUGCUGGGCUAUGAGGGCUGGCUGGCUGGCUACCAGAUGAAUUUUGAGACUGCAAAGUCUCGAGUGACCCAGAGCAACUUUGCAGUUGGCUACAAGACUGACGAAUUCCAGCUCCACACGAACGUAAACGAUGGGACAGAGUUUGGUGGCUCCAUUGAUCAGAAGGUGAACAAGAAGUUAGAGACCGCCGUUAAUCUGGCCCGGACAGCAGGAAAUAGUAACACUCGCUUUGGAAUAGCGGCCACGUAUCAGAUCGAUCCUGACGCCUGCUUCUCGGCUAAAGUGAACAACUCCAGCCUGAUAGGUUUAGGAUACACUCAGACCCUAAAGCCAGGUAUCAAACUGACGCUCUCAGCUUUGCUGGAUGGCAAGAAUGUCAAUGCUGGUGGCCACAAGCUUGGUCUAGGACUGGAAUUUCAGGCAUAAACAAAUACUGUACAAUCGUUUAAUUUUAAACUGUUUUGAGCAUAGCUACCUUCAGAAUUUAGUGUACCUUUUAAUGUCGUAUGUCUGGGAUGUGAGUAUUGCUAAAUAUCACGUUAGACCUCCAGGUUAAAGAUGAUUCAGCUUUAAGGUGUUACCCUUUCAGAGGUACAGAAGAAACCCAAAUCCAAGAAGAGUCCUUUCAGCUGUAGACUUUGGGGGACCUUGGUGGCCCUCUAGAAUUGUCAGGUUUCUUUUUUAUCUAGAAAUGGCUGCAAGUGGAAGCUGAGACUUCGUAGGCACUUUGUAAACUGGUAUUGAGUAAAUGGAUGAAAUUAUGACUUCCUGAGAAUUAACUUUGUCUUCCUACCCUAAUGAAGGAGAGACUCACUGGUGGUGUGUACAAAAUCAUCUGAAAGAGACAUUUUUUAGACAGAUUUUCAUGACCUGUUUCCACCCCAGUGCAUCACCUCUUUUACACCAAAAGUAGUCUGCAGGGCGUGGUAGCUGUUUCUUUUGUGCCAUUUAGGAUGGAGAAGGUGGAUGUGAUGAAGCCAAUAAUUCAGGACUUAAUUCCCUCUCAUGUUGUGUUUUUUUUGCCCUUGCACCAGAGUAUGAAAUAGCUUCUAAGAGUCCCAGCUGCAAGCUGGGAAGAGUCUCUGUGACUGUAAUCACAUGGUGACAACAUUCGGAAUAUAAUUGGACUUCUGUUAUAUUCUCGCCACUCAGUUUAUUUUUUAGCAGUUUAAUGGGUACAUUUUAGAGUCUUCCAUUUUUUUUUUUAAUUU